ACUCCCCUUUUUUCCUCUUCGGUACUCUCUUCCUGUGCUCUCUCUAUUUCACUUUUUAUUAUUACACCAUUUUUUUCCUUUCUCACGCGCCGCCGCGCUUCUUACCGGCGGCCACCACUUAUCCUUUUUUCGCAUCUACCUCCAUAUCUCACCCUUCCCUCUCCUCGCUUUUCUCCAUAAAAAAACCAAAAAAUAGAAAAUUUUUAGAAAAAAACCUAAAAUUUUUCCGAAGGCUGUGGUUAUUGUUCUUCAAAUCUACCGUUUAGCUCAGUCUAGCUAGGGUUUAUUUUUCGGUUCUUCCUUAGGGUUUUAUUGUUCUGAAUAACAAGAGGAGGGGGAAGAGAAAAAGAAAAAAAAAGAAAAAAGAAAAUUUGGGUGAAAAAAGAAACCAGGAGUUAUUAUUUUCUUCUUCUUCUGCUACUGCUGCUGCUGUUGUGUUGUUGAAGUAGUAAUUGUUGCUGUUGUUGUAGUAGCUGUUGUUGUUGUUGUUGAUUGAGAUGGCUCAGGUUCAAGUUCAGCCUCAGAAUGCGAUGGCGGGUCCAAACGGAGGAGCAGCUGGUGGUGCUGGUGGAAACCAGUUCGUGACGACGUCGCUUUACGUUGGGGAUCUGGACCCGACCGUGACUGAGUCGCAGUUGUAUGACCUAUUCAACCAAUUGGGUCAGGUUGUGUCCGUUAGGGUUUGCACCGACCUCACUAGCCGCAGAUCGCUCGGUUACGGUUAUGUCAAUUACAGCAACCCGCAAGAUGCUGCAAGAGCACUGGAUGUUCUGAACUUCACUCCUCUGAAUAACAAGCCUAUCCGCAUUAUGUAUUCGCAUCGUGAUCCCAGUAUUCGUAAAAGUGGUGCUGGAAACAUAUUUAUCAAGAAUUUGGACAAGGCAAUUGAUCACAAGGCAUUGCAUGAUACAUUUUCUUCCUUUGGGAAUAUCCUUUCUUGCAAGGUUGCUACAGACUCAUCUGGCCAGUCAAAAGGGUAUGGGUUUGUGCAAUUCGAUAGCGAAGAAGCUGCUCAGAAAGCCAUAGAAAAGCUGAAUGGCAUGUUGUUGAACGAUAAGCAAGUGUAUGUGGGACCCUUCCUUCGCAAGCAAGAGAGAGAAAGUGCCACUGACAAGGCAAAAUUUAACAAUGUGUUUGUGAAGAACCUAUCUGAGUCAACCACGGAUGAUGAUUUGAACAAGGUUUUUGGUGAAUUUGGGACCAUUACCAGUGCUGUUGUGAUGAGGGAUGGUGAUGGAAAGUCCAAGUGCUUUGGAUUUGUUAACUUUGAGAAUCCUGAAGAUGCUGCUAGGGCUGUUGAAGCACUUAAUGGCAAAAAAUUUGAUGACAAAGAAUGGUAUGUUGGAAAAGCACAAAAGAAAUCUGAAAGGGAGCAUGAGUUAAAACAAAAAUUUGAGCAGAGCAUGAAAGAAGCUGCUGACAAAUACCAAGGGGCAAACUUGUACAUCAAAAACUUAGAUGAUACCAUUGGAGAUGAUAAACUUAAGGAGCUGUUCUCCCCAUUUGGCACUAUUACCUCUUGCAAGGUUAUGAGGGACCCUAAUGGAAUCAGUCGAGGAUCAGGGUUUGUUGCAUUCUCAACUCCUGAGGAGGCCUCUAGAGCUCUCUUGGAGAUGAAUGGAAAAAUGGUGGUAAGCAAACCCCUCUAUGUGACUCUUGCCCAGCGGAAGGAAGAUAGAAGAGCUAGAUUGCAGGCUCAGUUUGCUCAAAUGCGGCCCAUUGCGAUGGGACCCACUGUUGGUCCGCGGGUGCCAAUGUAUCCCCCUGGUGGUCCAGGUAUUGGUCAACAAAUAUUUUAUGGUCAAGGCCCUCCUGCUAUCAUUCCUUCCCAGCCUGGGUUUGGUUAUCAACAACAACUUGUGCCUGGUAUGAGGCCUGGCGGGGCUCCUGUUCCAAAUUUCUUUGUGCCAAUGGUUCAGCAAGGACAGCAGGGGCAGCGUCCUGGUGGAAGACGUGCGGGUGGAGUCCAGCAGUCCCAGCAUCCAGUUCCAAUGAUGUCACCUCAGAUGCUUCCUAGGGGACGUAUGUAUCGUUAUCCACCCGGUGGUAGGGUUCCUGAUGUUCCCAUGCCUGGUGUUGCUGGAGGCAUGUUUUCUGUUCCGUAUGAUGUGGCCGGGAUGCCUAUGCGUGAUGCAACAAUCUCCCAGCAAAUUCCUAUUGGGGCUUUGGCUACUGCAUUGGCAAAUGCUUCUCCAGAGCAGCAGAGAACGAUGCUGGGUGAAAAUCUCUACCCUCUGGUGGAACAGCUGGAGCCUGAUAAUGCUGCCAAGGUGACUGGAAUGCUUCUGGAGAUGGACCAGACUGAGGUUCUGCACUUGCUCGAGUCACCCGAAGCCCUGAAGGCAAAGGUGGCCGAGGCAAUGGACGUCUUAAGGAAUGUUGCACAGCAGCAGCAGACUGGCGGUGCUGCUGACCAGCUUGCUUCAUUAUCACUCAAUGACAACCUUGUUUCUUGAGAUUUAUAUGUUGGGCUUUACAUUCCUAGUGAUGAUGGAUCUCUAUUGUCGGCGCUUGCUUGAUACAGUUUUCAGGUUGAGUUUGUUUCACUAGAUUAGAUACUUUUGGUUUGUUCUGGACCCCUCCAUUUGGUUUAACGCUUAUUUAGAUUAUGCCGGGUGCAAGGAAUUAUUUAAUUUCAUGUUUCUAGUUUGGUUG